AUGGCGUGCUUGUUGGAGGCCCCUCUCCGCAUCAGUGUGCUGUCUGUGAGUGCCACGCUUGUCUUUCUAAGUUUAAUUCUCAACAUUUCAGCGUGUCCAUCACGAAAGAGGGCGGCUGCCGUCAUUUAAUAAGUCAUACGGAGAAGCUAGGAGCUGCCGGACUCCGGAGGGUUUAUGCCCUCUGUUAGCCUCUCAGCUAACUUAAAGGCUUUGCAACAUGUAGCGCUGUUGCGUGACGAUUUAUCUCCCGACACUGUCCGGGCGGGCGGAGACAUUCCAAAACGCGAGAGAGUGCGCUUUGAAUGCACCCGCUCGGUCCGUCGGUGCGUAAAUGAAUUCAAAUCGAACAGUCAAAGUACCUGUCAGUGUCACUCGGAAUGAGUUAGCAGCUAAGUGCUAAGAGUGAGAGUACUGACAUGUUUAAAGCGCUGUACAGUGCAUAGCGAGAUAAAAUAGCUUUCUGGUGCAAUUAUUUUGCGUGCUAGUUCAACAUUGUGCAGCUAUCUGGAGUUAUAUGCAUAAAGUAAGCUUAAAUUAGCAUACCCGGUAAGCUAGCGAAGCUAACAUUAGUGAGUAUUAGUCUACCCUAUGAAGAGUUCAAAUUCAGUAACAGUCAAAUACUUGAAAAAACAUGGAUUUAUUCUUAUUAAUGAAUUACACUUGAUUUGCACAGAGGUCCAUUUCCACACGGAUAUUUAAACCCACGCUAAACCUAAAGUCUCAGCCUGUUUAACUCACUGCUGUCUCACUGUUAAUGUAAGGAAAUCAGACAUUCAGCAUAUGUUUAUACAGCAAGUAGAGUAACCAGGGGUUGAAAGAGUACCAAAAUCUUGUGUUCAAGUAAAAGUACAGUUACUUUUAAUCCAUGGAGGUGUCUGUGGGGAUAGGCAGAGAAAGAUAAGCCCUAGAAAAUUAUAUAACAGCAUUUAUUUCCAAGCUUAUAGUUUAAUACAACCAACAGCAUUAAUGUGUGAAGGGUACUGAAUAUUUGUUAUAGUAUUUCUUGCCACUGUUGCACUUAGUAGAUCCUCCCUGCACACUUAGGUUAUGGCUGCCCAUGCUGAGGUGUAGCAUGUCUCUGCAGACCUAGGGGCUGCAGAUUUAAGACCACAUUUCACCGCCACAAGACACCGCCUAAUGCACUGAAUUCAUCUUCAGUGUCAAACUCUGUGUCUCAGACAUGUGGUCCCAUAAGUGUAGUGCUUUCUUGAAACUGCAGCCUCCAGCUCUGCAGACACACAAUCUUGUUGCUUAGAAGAUUACCAUGUAACCAUGUAACAAUAUAACCCUUACACACUUGCUUCCAGAAAAUCUGAAAAUUCAGGAGCUAUCACCAUCCGCACAAAAGUGUGACUGUGGACGCUUUUCUUUGUUUUGCACUCAUUCAAACAAUGUACCACUCUAUAAAUAACACAGAGUAUCAAUCAGUCAAUCAGUGUUUAUCUGUUUGGCACCAAAUCACAGCAUUAGGAAUAGAUUACACUGCUUUAUUUAAAAAAAGACUGCAUUGGAACGAAUAGAUAUCUUUAACAUUUUAAAAAACAAAACUUAAAACCUAGCUGGAAGCAAACAGAUCAUGUGAUCACUUAUUUAUAUCUUUGUUUGCAACUGUUUUCCUCCAUGCAUUUCUGCUAUGUAUGCAGUUUUUUCUGUGAUGUACUGUUUGUGAAUAAUGUUCAUUUUUAUUUUGUUUAACUGUCGGGAACCACAGAUGUAUAUGAGCUACAGUUGAUGUUGUGCAGUGUCCCCAGUAAUUUCAAUUUAUAAACUAAACCAGAGUCUUGCAAAGCCAGAGAGUAUUGAAGACUGAACACCCUUUCUGUUAAAACUAGCUCAGUUAGUUUAAGGUAGUGUCUGACAAUGUUUUAGUCAGACCCACAAAUACACAAAUCAGAUGUUCUUUUUUUAUAGGGCAUCUUUCUAUGCAUAAGCAGCUCCAUUGCUUUGCAAAGUGCAUUGUGUGAUGCACUUUUUAGCAAAUGUAUAAACCACACAUGAUAAAAAAAAAGGCAGGCUUAUGCAGGUACAGACAGAAUGUGCUCAACACCUUGUCAGCAGCGUGUAGACACCAGAAACCAGUGGUAGCUGCAUGUCAUUUGCUGGGUGAGGUUUGUCCCCCUGGGGUCAUGUGGAAAGUUCUAGAUGAAGCUGUGCAUGAUAUAAACAAAGUUUCCCAGUGUUACAUGUGCCAAUGACAGCUUUGAAAGGGGCCUGCCAUGGAUGCUGAUGUAUGCGUCUAAUAAAUGUCUACAAAUAUCAGCUAUUUAUUUUAAAAGCAUGUAAGGUGUCAAAAUAGUUGACUUUAAAAUUGCAUUUUACGCUUAUUUAAGCUUUUGCCACAGCGAGGAAUAACCUCCCCCAGUGCAGUGAAUAGUCUGACAGGCUCCUUCUUUCAGCUUUAUAAUCUUUGUUUUUCUUGAAUUCAUGCAAAAGAAAGAGCAGAUAUGCAGGUCAAAACCUGUUUCAUCUUAUUAAAAGUGGAUCUCUUGGUUAAAGACAAACUUUUUAUCACAAUAGUGCUGGUUGAAAAAUGUUUGUCAGUGAAUUAUGUCACUAAUCUUUGUGUGAUCUUUGUCCUCAUUCAGGAAGUCACUGCAACUAGUCGCCAUUAUGUUGACAGACUGUUUGACCCCGACCCACAGAAAGUGCUGCAGGGAGUCAUGUAAGUCUAUCAACAGAAUUUGUUUGUUGUAAUUCUUUGCAAAAAUGAUGCAGUGUUUGAUUAAAUUUUGCAGCAGAUGUCAGACUGUCCUUCAAGGGCUACAUUUUUAGGGCAGAUGCAUCGACUGCUCCAAUUUUCAGCUGCCUGGAAGAGUCUGGAUCUCAUUCAGCCACUAUGAUGCAGCACAGAGGGUGUAUACUUUCUCUCUUUUUUAAAAAUAUGUAUUUCAGUGAUUUCUGUGCUGAAAUGUCCAAACUCCUGCAGCAAUUGUCUUUCAUAAUCUUUUGAAUAAAUUUGCAAAUCAAAGUCCUUCUCUAGAAUAUCAUGUAUUGUGCAGGAAACAGCGCAAGUGUUGUUGUUGCAGAUUGAGCAUGAUCUCUGUGUUUACAUGCCCGCUCUGUUUGGAUAUAUUUCACUCCUCAGUGUGACUUCAUAUCUUCGUUACACUCUCGAACUCUCACUCUCUGUUUCGCUGUGGUGACCUGCACUUGGACUGUUACACUGUUAUUUUUAACCUGGGAAGAGUCUAGCUCUGGUUACGGCUUGUACCGCUCCACCUGACUGAGUUGACGGCCUGCUCCAGCUGUACUUUUCCACUCGCUCCACUCACCUGCCAUUUGAUAUCACGCAGGGCAGCAGAGAACACAGCACUGAAAGGAGAAUGAGUGAAUACAAAUGAACAGACUCGUUUGUGUGGCACAGCUGCUCAGUGUCUGUGUAACUUCUGAUGUAGCUGGUGGCCUUUGCUGUGCUGCAGACUGCCUCUAUAAUCUCUGAGCAGUCUGAUAUCUGUGUGAUGAACUGUUUUAUCAAAGAGAAACUCAGGGCGAAAUGCCUCUAGAAUAAAACAUAACAUGCCAUCACUAAGGCAUGUUUAGUUGACCUGUUUUAGAAGUGUAUGGACAGUCGUUUCUGCCAUUGCAGCCUGCAGCGUUAUGCUUACUGCUCUGUAGAUCAUACUGUACUCUGAUCUUUCUUAACGUUACAUCUUGUGCUUUUGUACAAACAUAUAGCCACUGAAAAGGACAAAGCUUUUACUUCAUUGCUUGUAAGAAUUCUGAAAAAGUCUUCCAAGCAAAUUCUUUCGAUGAUGUUGUUUAUUUUUGCCUUUUCAUUUUGUCACAUCAUUGAAUAAAAAGUGCCUUUGUAACUCUUUUUUUUCAGUUGCAUUAACUGUUUCUCUGUGUCUCUCUGUAGUGACAUGAAGAAUGCCGUCAUCGGAAACAACAAGCAGAAAGCCAAUCUGAUCGUCCUUGGAGCCGUGCCGAGGUGGGUAUCUGCACAGAUUUCUUGUCUGUCUUUCGGUCAUUCCUUCUCCAAACACUCUGAUUGUACAAAUUUUAAGUGACAUUACAAAGACAACACAGGUCGAACAUUGUGUGCUGUCAUUCAGUCUAAUAAUCCAAAAACACAACAUCAAGAAGGUGUCACUAAUAACAUCACUACAAAACUGAUGGAGGAAAUUUGUGCAAAUUCUAACCUUAUCAUUAUUCCUCAAGACUUUUUCUCGUGCCACUUACCUUUAUUUUGCAGACGUACACAUAAAAAAGGCCAAAUGCUGUUCUCCCACCGGCAGUGGUGUAAUAGAAAAGAGCAAAUGCAGAAAUAUAUCUAAAAUAACUUUACUAAAAAAUAAAACCAGAGUCAGUAGUAUAAACCACACUGAAGUCUUUGGGUUGAAACUAGGCAGAUCAGGAGAAUCUGUUGCUCUCUAGGGUGUAGGUUUGCUGGCUUCUUCAGCUGGGAUGUCUUAACUCGAACUACCAACAGAGAAAACAGAGAAAACAUCAAACAAAUAUGUGACCAAAAAAUUGCAUGCAUUCAAUCUUGGUGCAUGUAGACUCUGAGAGAAAGGCUCUGCAUGUAGAAGAACCAACUAAUUUGCCAGGAGAGCAUCAACACUGAUUUGACAUCCAUUUAAAAUACAGAAAAUUAUCCUUAAACCAAACUUCACUUCAUAUCCUCACUGAUGCGUAACAUUUGGGAUGACUGAGUUCUCUGUACAGUGUGUAUAUGUGUUUUUUUUUUUGUUCCAGGUUACUGUACCUGCUCCAGCAGAGCUCAUCCAGUCUGGAGCUGCGGACAGAGUGUGCUGUGGUGCUGGGCAGCCUGGCCAUGGGCACUGAAAACAACAUCAAGUCCCUGGUGGACUGUCACAUCAUCCCUGCCCUUCUUCAAGGUUGGAGGCACACACACUCAAACACACACUACCACACAUUAAUACAUGCGAAUACUCACUGCCGAGAGCACCAACUGGGGGGUACUAAAAAGUUUGGAACACCUGUGCUUCUCCCCUCAGGUCUCCUGUGUCCAGAUCUGAUCUUCAUUGAAGCUUGUCUUCGAUGUCUCAGAACGGUCUUCAUCAGUCCGGUCACCCCUGUGCAGCUGCUUUAUACUGUAGGUUGUCAUGUGUAUGUUUUUGCCUGUGAUACAUAAACACCAGUAUCAUUUUCUAAAGAGCAAACAGAAAUUAGUUUAAUAUGCUGUUUUAUUCUUACAAAAUUGAAUGUAGUCGCAUCAAAAACAUCAAUCCACGCACUUUCCUAACAUGAGAAAUUAGUUUAAGGUUAAAUUAAUCCCUAAAAACAAAAAUAUUUAACUUUAUUUAAUGACACAUCUAUGAAGAACCUCGUAUACUAACUUAUAAAUAACUAGAGCAAAAGCAGGUGAGGUUUUUGACAGCAGAGGGGUACACCACAAAGCAGGAUAUGCUGUGAUCAGGGUGACUUCAGGGUUAACUCUGGGUUUUCAGUGCUACGCAGAUGCUUCACUUCUCACCACAGCAGAUCACCAUGGUAACUGAUGCUGAACACCUAAUCUACUCCAGAGCAGGUUAUAAUCAGGGCAAGAGAUCAGUACCAAAGAUAUAUGUACAUCUGCUGCAUCAUACCGACACAGGGCUCACCCGUUGACUUACAGCCUGCGUGAUGGUCUCCGAUUUAUUGUUGUGUAAAUGUCUGUUCAGGUCUCAUCUCGUAAAAUAAUGUCAUAUAUUUGAAAUUGUGAGUCAACCUCUUAUUAUGUCUCUGCUUAAAAGGGAAAAAGGAAAUCUAACUCCUCAUUUUGAAGUUAAAUCUGUGUAUGCACCUCCUCAGGACCCCACUGUGAUUCCCCAUUUAAUGUCUCUACUAAGUCGCUCACAGAGAACCCAGGAGUACAUCACUCAGAUCUUCUCCCACUGUUGUAAGGUAUUUGUUGUGUUUUUGGUGCUCACAUGCCGUUGAGUCAUUCCUAUUUAUAACCAAACAUGAGCUCAGUGCUGAUUGGACGUUUGUUUUCUUUAGACGCCAGAGCACCAGACGGUUCUUUUCAACCACGGUGCCAUCCAAAACAUCGCCCCUCUUCUUAUCUCACCCUCUUAUAAGGUAAAUAUGAGUCCAUUUGCACACAUAAUACUCUAUUUCUUUCCCUUAUAACCUCUCUGUGUCUUCAGGUCCGGAUGCAGGCAUUAAAGUGUUUCUCAGUCCUGGCCUAUGAGAACUCUCAGGUCUCCAUGACACUGGUGAAUGGUGAGGAAAUAAUCUCUCUCUCUUUAUGAUAUCUCUUCUUCUUUCUUUCUUUUGAACCUCAGGUUAUCUGUGUUUGUCUUUCAGUGCUGGUGGAUGGCGAGCUGCUCUCUCAGGUAUUCGUCAGAAUGAUGCAAAGGGAUCAACCCAUCGAAAUGCAGCUAACAGCAGCCAAAUGGUGGGUUACAUUAGCGUGCAGUGAUUAAUGAUAAUAUCUUCCCUGGACAUUUUCCAAACCUUUCCUGUUUUCUGUUGCAGUUUAACAUACAUGUGUCGAGCGGGUGCCAUCAGGACAGAUGACAGCUGCAUAGUACUAAAGGUCCGAUUUACUUAAACCUCUUUUAUCUUGAGGGUUAUUUUAACAGCUCGCCUUACCCUUUAUUCUCUGUGAUCUUUCGUUUCUUUCUUUCUAGACCUUGCCGUGCCUCGUGCGGAUGUGCAGUAAAGAGCAUUUACUGGAGGAAAGGGUUGAGGGCGCAGAGACACUCGCUUAUCUGAUGGAGCCCGACGUGGAGCUGCAGAGAAUCGCGAGCACCACGGACCACCUGGUGGCGAUGCUGGCCGACUAUUUCAAAUAUCCCAGCUCUGUGUCGGCCAUCACUGACAUCAAGAGGGUGAGUUGAGUGAUGCCUGUAAAAUAAAUGAAGGGCUGUGACAAUAACUAUUAAACUGUGUUUUCUUCCCUUGAAAUCUCCAUCUGCUAUAUUUUAUUAACAUUACUACAGAUACAUCCUGGUCCUGAUACUCAAACAGCUUAAACCAGGUUUUAAAAAGUCCUUUAGCAACAUGGCAAACAUCAACAGUGCAGAAAGUGCCUCAAAGCAGCUGAGAAGAACCCAAGCUGCUCCUAAAACCACAGCACGGAGCACAGACCAAACUCUGUUACUUAUUUAAUGUGAGGGACAGAAUCAGUCAGCACUUAGACGAGACAGAGUGACUGCAGAGAAGGGUUAUUUCUCAUGUCUCCUCGACACUGACCAGAAGUUUACAAGAAGUUGAUCAUCAUUUUGCUUUUAAAAAUAAAUGGGAAAAAAACAAAAUUUAUCUGAAGGUGGUGAUUAUUUUAAUAGUUUUUUAGGCAAUUAGUCAAAAAAAAAAAAAGGAUUUUGAAAUUUUUAUGAAAGUCAAAGAAUCCGUGUGACAGUCAUAAAUUUGUGGGGCAGGUUUCAUGGCAUUAAUUUCCCAAAAAGCUCAAAUGUCAGCCUGAUUGUGAGGCACGAUAAAAUGUCAAGUCUAAUCCUCUUGGGGUUAUAAAUGUUUGUACAAAAUAUCCCACAGUUUUUGAAAGAUUUCACUCUGAAACAAACUAAUGCACCCACAAACAAUUAAAAUCCCCAGAGCAAUCACUGCAAUGAUGCAGACAUAAUUAAUUUUCUUAAUGAGCCAAUUAGAGACUAUUAUUUAUGAGAUUGUAUAAUUUUUGGAAGACGUCCAGACAGCAUGUUGACAUCUUUAUUAUGUUUUUGUAAUGACUGUUUCUGUAUGUAGUUAUUUGCUUCUUUUGUCUUCUGACUGAAAAAUAUUGCUGUAAAUUUAUCAAAAUAUAUUAUUGAGGAUUUUUCUAGCUUACAUGUUGAAAUCAGGUCUGAGGUCAUUUCCUGUCUUGUCUGUCUUCUACAGCUGGAUCACGACCUGAAACACGCACACGAACUGAGACAAGCUGCUUUUAAACUUUAUGCCUCGCUCGGCUCCAACGAUGAGGACAUCAGAAAAAAGGUGACCUCUCUUUUUUCUUGUAUUUAUUUUUUAAUAUAAAUGUGCACCUGUUUUUAUUUUUUGUGAUCCAUCCUCUUGUUUGUUUUUCUUCCUCAGAUCACAGAGACAGAAAACAUGAUGGACAGGAUAGUCAGCGGCCUGUCGGAGUCCAGCAUUAAAGUCCGUUUGGCUGCUGUCCGGUACGUUGCAAAGAGAGCCACUCUGACGUUUUAUCCUGAAAAAAACCCAAAAUAGUUUCUUCAGAAUUAGAUGAAGAAAAUUAAGAAACUUUUAACUUAAACAAUGGUGCAAUGUCUCCCUGUUUCCCUAAAUCAAAAGAUGCCAAAGUAUUGUGAAGUAAUUUUUGUUAAAACAAAACAAAAAAGUCACAUUUAAAAGAUAAAAAGAACUUUGAUUAUAUUUCUUUUAAAUCUUAUCCAGCUUAGACUAAACUCUUUUCUUUGUGUCAUUCCUACUACAUAUUUAUUUAAAACACACAAAAACGACUUUUAGGAAAAGAUUUUUAUAUAAUAGUUCUUGUUAAAAAAGUUUUAAAUAGUUUAGUUUAUCGGUUUAGACUUCUGUGUACAAAUAACACAGAUGACCAAACAAAUAGACAAUAAUAGAUGUCAUAUAGUUGUACAAAUGUUCUAGAUACUCUCUGAUACAUAACAUUAGUCUCCAAACAGGAGAAGAAGUCCCUAUUAUUCACCUGGUAAUCUCCACAGCUCUCAUGUUGUCCUUUUACUUUCACUGUAGGUGUCUCCACAGUCUUUCCCGGUCGGUUCAGCAGCUGAGGACCAGCUUCCAUGACCACGCGGUGUGGAAACCCCUCAUGAAGGUGAGCGGAGGCUUAGUGAAGUUUUACAGAGUGUGUUUGGCAGAGAAUUUCCCAUUUUCCCUGUAGAAGAAGACAAAACAUUUAAACAAAUAGGCAACACGUUUCAGGUCUUAUUUUGAAUGAGUGAAACAAACACUGAGUGAUAAUUUGUGUUUUUGAUUGUAGCUGCUGCAGAACGCUCCAGAUGAAGUCCUGGUUAUGGCUUCUUCUACACUAUGCAAUCUACUGCUGGAGUUCUCUCCCAGCAAAGAGGUACACAGAUACACACACAGACACACACACACACAAAUUCACCUGAAAAAGAAAAGAGGUUCUCUUACUUAAAUGAAGGGAACUUUUGUUUCUGUGUCUCUGCAGCCCAUCCUGGAGUCCGGGGUGAUUGAGUUACUAUGCAGUCUGACCCAGAGUGACAGUCCAGCUCUGAGGGUCAACGGAAUCUGGGCCCUGAUGGUACACUUAUUUAGCUCUUCUCCAGGUCUCUGAAUUUGCACUUUCCAGGGCUGGAGAUGCCUGUACGUAACGAAACCUUUCUUUAUAUUCUCCUCGGUGCGUGUUUGUGUGUCUGUGUCCAGAAUAUGGCGUUCCAGGCCGAUCAGAAGGUGAAGGUGGAGAUCGUUCGGUGUUUGGGUACAGAACAGUUAUUCCGCCUGCUGUCAGACCCCGACACCAAUGUGCUGAUGAAGACGCUCGGCUUGUUGAGGAAUCUGCUGUCAACACGCCCGGUAAGAGACACGCACAUGCAGAAAGGAUGACAGGAGACAGACAGUGUUGCAUACAUACCAGUAAUGUUCCAGUCAUGGUGUGUUUUCACCAAGUGGUCCAGUUUAAUACAGUCCAAACCCUGAUCUUGAUUGCAUUUUCAUUCCUGAGUUUACCUAGGAGCUUUAAACAGUGUUUUCAUUUGGAAGUCAUUGUUCAGGACAGAUAUUUUGUAAAUGAAGCAGCUUGCAUAGAUCUUUUUUGAGCCUACAGUGAACUCUAAAAUACUAGAAUCCCUACCUUGUUAGUCGGCAUAAAUCUGCAGGUAAUUUAUGCUAAUAUUGAAAUACAAUUAGAUAACAGGAUUUCUUUCUCUUUUAUGAUCUCCCCCUCUCUCUUGAAUCUUUCUCUCCCUCUCAUGCAACAAACAACAGUCAAAGAAAGUCAUAACCAACCUUUAGUAUUGAUAAAUGAAUCAGACAUGCACCCUAAUCGUGGACAGAAUAAAGGGCUCGUAGCUUCAUCCAGAACAUCUCCAUGAAAAACAUUUUAGCCUGAGCAAAACAAAAGAAGCAGCACCUGCAGGGCUGAAGGAGCAGCCUUUUAGGUCUAUAAAUAGUCUGUGUUGGUUCGCAGGUUGCUCCUUUAACAGCUCGGCUCUGCGGUCAGCUGUCCCACGAGGGUUUUAAUGGCAUGUUGCAGAAAAGUUUCAGCGGUAACCUUGAGCGCUCCACACUUUCUGACCUUCUCCGUGGAUAUUAAUUCACUGCCUUUGCAUGUGCUGAAUUUGCAUAAAUUCUGCAGAUAUCCUGAAUCCCAGCCUGCAUACUGAUUCUCUCCUGCUCUCCUCCCUCGUGUUGUCAGCACAUUGACAAGAUCAUGAGCUCUCAUGGGAAGCAGAUCAUGCAGGCGGUGACCCUCAUCCUAGAGGCAGAGCACAGUAUAGAGGUCAAGGAGCAGGUGAGACUUCUCCCUCUUUUUUUCGUGCUUACAGAUGUGGUUUCAUGCAGAAUUCAUUGUCCGUCUGCAGAGCAGUGGAGUUUAACAUUCUGCAGAUAUGAUGCAGGUCGGUCCGCAGUGAUGUUGUGGUGUUUUGCAGAGCUGGAAACACAUCCGAGAAAGUUUUUCAAAUAAAUUAUUAUUAAAUUAUAAAAAUAACAACAGUGACGCAACUUACUGAUCUCCUCCGCCAGACUCUGUGCAUCCUUGCCAACAUCGCUGACGGCAACACAGCAAAGGAACUCAUCAUGACCAAUGACGACAUGCUCCAGAAAAUCAAAUACUACAUGGUACAGAUUUGUUUUUUUUUAACCUCCCGAGGUUAAGCUGUUUCUUUUUCUUAGUGAAAGAAAUGCACAGUGGUGGAACAGCUAGAAUUGUUGAUAUGCUUCUCCUUGUUUUUCAACAUGUGUCUAUACAGUAAACUGAUCACCAGUUCUCAUAGAAAGCAGGAGCUGUUAUAUGCUGUCUUAACUAAAAAAAAAAAAAGUCUAUUUUAAUACUUACACGUACCUUGAGAAUAUGUGAGCUUCUCUUUUCUUCUGUUUUUCCUUGCUUCUAAUUUUCUCCCUCUUGUUGUUCCUGCAGGGGCAUUCGAAUGUGAAACUGCAGCUUGCUGCCACCUUCUGCAUCUCUAACCUUAUCUGGAAUGAGGAGGACGGUAAGAGACACAACACAUGAGUGAAAAGGAGUGAGAAAGAAAGGGGGGCAGGUUGAAGGUUGAGAAGUUUGUAGAAAACAUCAUGUCAAAAUCUUGACAUGUCUGCAUACUUGUCACUGGUGACAGCUGUUGAGGAUUGUUUCCCAGAAAAGAGCAAACCCAGAGACCUGGUGCAUCAACCCCUGACUGAGUGUCUGUUCUGGGUGCAACACCUGUAGUCAGCUGGUUUGCACAAAAACAUGCUUUAAGACCUCCCUGAUAGAUGAAUGUCAUUUAAAAUCACAUGUCGUUUAUCUCUACUUGAUAGAAAACAGAUCAUUACAGUUGAACAUGUUGUCUUUUUAUAUGAAAGACCUUUUAAAGACUGAAGUUCUGAAGUAAUUUGCAUUGUCAUUGUCUCUGAAACUCUAACCGAACAGAGCUGUUCUCAUGUGCAGCGGUUUGCAUUACCUGCAGGAAUCAAAACUGUUAUUUUAGAUGGGUUUGCAUGUUAGUAUAUCAUUAGUUCCAGCAACAGUACCUUUUGUUUUGCAUAAGAAUCAAAUAAUCUAAAGCCUAAGUGAGGAACCCAGAACACCUGAUCUUAUUUGUUAAAGCAAGUAUGAAUGACUGCGUGUUUUUCCUCACAUCUGUUGUGUGUGUUCAGGUUCUCAAGAGCGUCAGGACAAGCUGAGAGAGAUGGGCUUCGUGGACAUCCUGCACAAACUCACCCAGGCCUCAGAUCCAAACCUCAGUGACAGGUACGUCAGAGUAAAGUCUCAUAAAACACUCGGAUCAUGAAUUAUCUGAACACAGUGGGUGGACUGAUUGUGUCUGUCUCUCUCUCUUAGGGCGAAGACAGCGAUGCAGCAGUACCUAGCGUGA